AAAAUAAAUCAUUAAAAGUCCUCUCUUUUCUCCCAUAAAUACCUAUCCAUUUUACACUCACUUCUCAUCAUCCAUAUCCCUUGUUUCAAAUUUUCUUUCUUUUUCGUCAGCCAUGACUAAAGAAGUAGAGGUAGCAACAGAGCAACCAACAGAGUUUUCAGCAAAAGACUAUACUGACCCUCCACCAGCUCCUUUAGUAGACUUUGAGGAGCUGACACAAUGGUCACUUUACAGAGCUGUUAUUGCUGAGUUCAUUGCCACUUUGCUUUUCCUUUAUGUUACUGUUUUGACUGUGAUUGGGUAUAAGGUCCAGUCAGAUGUCAAAGCCGACGGUGAUAUCUGUGGCGGCGUUGGUAUUCUUGGUAUUGCUUGGGCUUUUGGUGGCAUGAUUUUCAUUCUUGUUUACUGCACCGCCGGUAUCUCCGGAGGACACAUAAACCCAGCAGUGACAUUUGGGCUGUUUUUGGCAAGGAAAGUAUCAUUGAUCAGAGCAGUAUUGUACAUGGUGGCACAGUGUUUGGGUGCAAUCUGUGGUGUGGGUUUUGUGAAGGCAUUCCAGAGUGCUUAUUAUGUUAGGUAUGGUGGAGGUGCUAAUGUCAUGGCUCCUGGCCAUACCAAAGGUGUUGGAUUAGCUGCUGAAAUUAUUGGUACUUUUGUUUUGGUUUACACUGUCUUCUCUGCCACUGACCCUAAGAGAAAUGCUAGAGACUCCCAUGUCCCUGUGUUGGCACCACUUCCAAUUGGAUUUGCUGUGUUCAUGGUUCACUUAGCCACCAUACCAAUUACUGGAACUGGCAUCAAUCCUGCUAGAAGUUUUGGUGCAGCAGUUAUUUACAAUCAUGACAAAGCUUGGGAUGAACACUGGAUUUUCUGGGUGGGUCCCUUCAUCGGAGCCUUCGCCGCCGCCGUCUACCACCAGUUCAUCCUCCGUGCUGGUGCCAUCAAAGCUCUUGGUUCCUUCAGGAGCAAUGCCUAAAAAAUUUCAAUCCAAUUGAAUAAAACCAGCCAUGAAAAAUUGUAGAUAUUUCCCAAUGGGAAAAGAAAAAAAAAUGUACUGUUUGUUUUUCCUAUGAAUUUCCCUCUUUUGUGUAUUUUUCUACUUGUAAUCUUCAUUUCCCUUUUUUAUUUUUACUUCCUUGCUCUCUUUUUUCAAUCUUGUCUCUUGUAUCUUUGAAUUAUUGUUGCUUCCUAGUAAUUUAAAUUAAUGUUUCGGCU